AUGUCAGAGAAACCUCCAGUUCUUACCAAUCAUAGAUACGUUGACAAGAACAUUCAUGAAACUAUCGAACGUGUGCAGAAUUACGAGAUUCAUCAGAAAAAACUGUUUAAAAUCAAAGAGGAUUUGGAGAAAAAACGUUUAAAAAAGAUUAACGCUGAUUAGUCCUAUGAGCAUUUGAAAUCUUAAAUGAUUAAGAAAAUCAACGAGAUCAAGAGAAGUAACUAGAUCUUAUUGGAGAAGUUGUUGGAUAUCUCGAAAGGUAAAAGAUGCGAAGUAAAGUAGGAAAACUUGCAACUUACAUUGCCUUAAUAAAAAUCACUUAAUUAUCAAGUUAAAAAGAAGGAGGCUGAAAGGAUUGAUACUGAGAAUCAGAAAAUUAUGGAGCGCAUUGUCAACUAAAAUCCAUCUCUGUCUUCCAAGAAAAUGCAUCAAGACUAUUAAGAAACCAAGAAAUAUAAGAAGUUAAAAGAACAGAAAAAGGUUCUUAAUGUUGAGAAAAUCAUAGAGAAAAAAAAGAAGAUGGUCAUGGAGGCAAGGUCUACCAUUCUUCCUCUUUUGUAGACAAAACAAAACAGUCCUGGAGGUCCAUUAACUGAUAUGACUGGUAGGAAUUUUCACUUAAACCCUAUUGAAUCUCAAAGUCAAAGAAUGUCUGCCAAUAACAUCUAAAAUUAGGAUGAUAAUGAUGGGAUUAAUAUAGCUAAUACUCAGACAGAUUACAACAAGACAGGCCAAACAAGGUAUCCCUAUUUGAAUAGGAACCUGAAUUAAAGCAGCAAUAUCACCCCAACUAGCAACAGAUAAAAUAGGCAUUAGGCUAGAUCAGAAAUGGCUGAAUAUAGAGACUCAAAGAACUCGAAUGGUUCGUAAACAGCAAUAAAGAAGCCAUCAAAAGUAGUACUGGAGGCAAUAAAAAAUCCAACUAUCAAAAGCAACACAAUCAAUAUGAAUAAUUCCUUGAAUUUCAAAUAAAACAAACCUCCUGUUGUUCCAUUAAUAAGCAAUUAGGCUAAGCCUAUACCAAGGAGUGAUGCUUAUAAUUCUCUUAAUAACACAGUCAAGAUUUCAAAAACUAAAGUAAAUGAUAUCAUUGGCGGUAAUGAGGCUAAUAAAACAUAUGAAAGUAGACCAACUGAGUAAAUAGUAGAAGUAGUUCAAGAUUAAGUAUAAUCUGAUGAAGACUAAGUUUAGCCAGAGUAAACACUUGGAAGAAAUGAUGGAUAUGCAAUUCCAAUGGACGAUUCAGCAAGUUCUACACUUAAGAAAUCAAUUAAGAGUGUUCCUAAGGAUGUAGAUGAGGUAAGGGAGCAUGUAAUUGAAGAUGAGGCCUAGUUCUAAUCAUAGCCAGAACCAGAGUAAAAGGAGUCAUUAACUAAGCAGUAAACUGUCAAAUCAUAGAAAAAAUCAGAACUUAACGAGUCCAGGCAUGUCAAAGAAGACGUCUUAAGUGAUUAGUAUGAAGAGGAUUUCAUUGGACAAUCAAAGUAAAAUACACUACGAUAGGUAGAGACUUAGAGAUAAUAAACACAAAAAGAGUUAAGUUAGCUGAAUACAAAUAGGAAGGGAGAUGAGAGUUCAUUAAUUUAAGACUCUUUUCUGAAGGAUGACACCAAGUUUGAGGAAAGGAAUUCCAUCGUUUCUGGUACUGGAGAAGAAGAGGCCGAGGAAGAGGAUGAAGAAGAUCGCAUGGAGAGGGAAAUGGAUAGAGUAGCUGAUGAGUUUGCCUAGAAAUAAAGAGAGCUUGAACAGGCCAUGGAUGCUGAUGACGGUGAUGAUGAAGAGGAAGAAGUGCCUUAAGAAGAAAAGGCUAAAGAAGGCUAAGAAGAAGAGUAUGAUGAGGUUUUCGAUGAAGAUGACCAAUGA